ACGAUGAUUGACAGGCCGUUGGACCAAUCACAAAGUUUUUCCAACGUUCGGUGACGUAAAUGUGCCACAACGUAAAGCGGAAGUGCCGGUAGAGGCUGAGAGCUGUGUGUUUUUGUCCUUCUUGAACACUACUCGUGUCAUAAAAAGUGGUCGUCAUGGCGAAGCAGCCUCUGGGAAAGACGCUGCUGAGGAAUGUGAUCCGACACACAGAUGCCCACAACAAGAUCCAGGAGGAGAUGGAGAUGUGGAAAAUGCGAGGCUGGCAGGUCCAAACGUCCCACCACAAACAUUUGUCCGGUACAGAGAGCGUGAGGGGCCAGAUGCACUGUGAUCGAGUACCAGAUCAAACCAGAGAGCGAGUCUCCGAACACGACGACAGAGAGGCUCGUUACUGGACACGGAAACUCUAUGACUUUGAAUCCAAUGAUCCCGACAGGUGGGGACAUAGUGGCUUCAAGGAGCUUUAUCCGGAGGAGUUUGAAAGUGACAGUGAAAAAAGCAGCUCCACAAAGAAGAUCGGCCGCCACAAAAUGAAAAAGUCCAAAUCUGACACAGAAGCAAGCUUAUCGAAACGUUCAAAAAAAUCCUCUCGAAAGAAAAAGAAGAAAAAGAAGAAAAAAGAGGAGGAGGGAAAGCGUAAAAGAGCGGUUUCCUCGAGCAGCAGUGAUGACAGCAGUGCCACCAAAGAGAAGCAGAGGAGUAAAAGGACUAAAAGUCGACAUAAAAACAAAAAAACUGCAAAAACCAGAGGGAGAGAUGAGGACAGCAGCUCAGGGGACAGUAAUGAUGAAGAAGAAAGAGAAAGACGGACUCACAGUCGCAAAAAACGAAAACAGGACUCCCACAAAGACUCAGAUUCAGGGCCAAAUUCAAAAAAGAAGAGCAGGAAAAACUGGAAAGCAGCAGGUGACGAGAGCGCAACUUCUGGAGACUGAGACGUGAUCAGAGCGGCAGCUCGUGCAAAGGCCAGAAAAACGACAGCUGAUUCCUUUGUUCGCCUUAACUUCACAGAGGGCUUUUCUCUGCACAGCCGUUCUGUAUUGUACUUUGUUCGACAUCAACAAGCCUGUACCGUUGGUACUCUCUGUGGGCGUUCUCUUCAGCAAAACCUCAUCCACCUCGGCAGGCAACAUGAGGAGGGAUGCUGGGCCAUCCACCACGAGCCUCAUGUGGAAUUCUCUCGGCUGCAGGCUCAUUGAUUUGAUCACUGACUCUCAUCUCAGACGGUCCGCCUCACAAGGAGACCUAGACCUUUAGUGAAUUUUAUUUAAGAAGUAAAGAUGAAUUAUACAGUU